AUGGCUCGAGGCAUCUGGGCAGAGCAUACCGUAGCAGAAAUGAAAACCCAAGCCACGAACCUUCCAAAUGAUACAUUAGAGCUUCCAAAUAUGGAAAGGAGUCGGAUACUGACUAUCAAGACAUUUGACGUGUGGCAAUCACAUAUUGAGGCGAUUCUGGAGGAAAGGGGGAUCCUGUCUAUUAUCAGUUACAACAUACCGCGCCCUAUUCCAACCGACGAAGGCGCAGCAAGAUGGAGGCUUAUCAGCAUGAAAGUGGCAAACUGGCUCAUGAUCAACGUGUCUGAAAGUCUGUACCACAGCAUGAAGAAUAGCAAAAAGCGGUAUACCUUUGCCGAUGAAACUUACAAAGCAAUAUCCGAGGAGUGUGUUGAUUUCGAGGUGCAGUAUAGGAUGCUAAGGGCCAGUCAUGAUGUUGUUGUGGCCAACGAUAUUAUACCAGAUAACUACUAUACUGAAGGCUUCUAUAUUGAUGACUACGAUACUGACUCGGAUGACUCGGAUGAAAACUACGACACUGACGACUAUGACACCGACUACCUCGACGGCGGCUACUAUUACACCGAAAGUGACUGCCCUGGCGGUUACUAA